AUGACGGAGCGGCAGGACGAGGCGUGGUGCUCGUGCUCGCCGAUGCAGUGCAGGAUUUGCCACGAGGAGGAAGGGGACGACGGCUGCGCAACCGCAACCGCCAUGGAGUCUCCCUGCGGAUGCUCUGGCUCCCUCAAGUAUGCUCACAGGGGGUGCGUGCAGAGAUGGUGCGACGAGAAGGGGAGCACCGUCUGCGAGAUUUGCCUCCAGAAUUACGAGCCUGGAUACACCGUUGCUCCCAAGAAAACUCAAGUUGCUCAUGUCGCAGUCACCAUCAGAGGGAGCCUGGAGGUCCCAAGGCAGGAUUAUGAGGCACCGGAGGAUGCCGUGUUGAUCGGGCUCGACGCGGCGGUGGGUGACCCGGCCUACGCCGAGUGCGCGAGCGCCGCCGGCAGAAGUGCCGCCUGGUGCCGGUCGGUGACGGUGACGUUCACUGUUGUGUUGCUGCUGAGGCAUCUCAUCGCCCUGGUGACCGUCGGCGCCGCGAAUCAGUACGCCUUCAGCCUGCUGACGAUAUACUUGCUGAGGGCGAGUGGGAUCUUGCUGCCGUUCUACGUCCUCAUGCGGCUCAUCUCCGCGGUGCAGCACGGCCAGAUGCAGUACCGGCUGCAGAUGCUCCAGGUGCAUUGCGUCGUCCGAGUUUUAGGCGCUGGUUGCAGGGGAGGUUCCAGUGAGCAAGUUUUUGACACCUGUUUCUUGCUGCAGGAUCAAAGAAGGAACGCAUCAAGAAUGCAACACGGGGUGCCCGGUCAGAGACAACAGCAGCAUGUGAUUCUUGUUGUGUGA